CACAUACACAGGGAGAUAAAUCGUUCCAUGCAUGCAGAGACUGCCCUGGCCUCUGAUCCUAUAAAGAUCAGACGAUAAAGAUUAAUUAAAUAAAUAGACGCUGAGCUCUGGAAGGAAUGCUUGUUUAUAUUCCAGCGUUUGCUUUAGAAAUAUCCUCAAGCUUUACACUGGCAUGCGCUCACUAAGGCCCACUUGUAAUGUAGCCUACUGUCUGGGUCCUUCGUCAAUUUGGUGCCGUUCUGGAAAUCCCAGGAUCUGACUGACUAUUCCCUGUCUACUAGAAGUUAGUUACUGCUUAUAAGCAGGAAUAGAAUGGUAAGGCUUUCAAAGAAGAUAGAAUACGUUUUUGCUUUUGAAAUAAACUUUGAAAAGAAUUUGACUACGACUCGACCCGGAUGCAGUCUAGGGAUACUGGCGUGUUCGGGACGAGAUCGAGGCACUGCACUGCCUGAGCUCCGGGAGGGGAGCUGCCUGCUGGAGAGAGUUGCUGGGCGAGUGAGCGAUUUACUACAACAAGACAGGGCGACAGCGAGAACAACUUCAGCACGCCUAACUAGUUACUAGGUAUUUUCAAAACGAACAGAAAACAAGGUCGGAAGGCAGCGCGGGAGCUAUUUAUAACAUUGCUGCUGAUAAAGUGCCAAAUUGGUCACGUUCGUGAAGUAAUAUUUUUGCGGGGCGACAGAUCGGAGGAGGGACGGGAGAGUGAAGCACUUUGAUGUGGGCUGCUGAUGAUUGUAGCAGUGAGGAGAAGGGAUUUAACAACUUUCCUAAACACAUAAACAAGGGAUUCGUGGCAAUAUUUCCCGAAAUACAUCUCUGGUUUACCCACGAAGCUUUUCCUCGGCUGAUGUGAGGGGACCAUGAUGAUGACAGGCCAUGGUGAGGUGUGACUCAGGACCCAGCGCUGGGGAGGGCACCUGGAACAUUGAUGGAUACUGGAUAUAGAGGUCAGAUGGUGUUCUGAACGAGACAUGGGUAGCUACUGUAGCUGUCCUGACAAAGACUUCCCUGAUAAGCAUCAGAGCAAAUUCAAGGUGAUAAAUGUGGAUGACGAUGGUAAUGAGUUGGGCUCAGGCUUGAUGGAGCUGACAGAGGAGGAGCUUAUCCUCCACACCAGGAAACGUGACACCGUCAAGUGGCCUUACCUCUGUCUGCGUCGCUACGGUUACGACUCCAACCUCUUCUCCUUCGAGAGCGGGCGACGAUGCCAGACUGGACAGGGUAUCUUUGCCUUCAAGUGUGUGAGGGCAGAGGAGAUGUUCAACGUGCUGCAGGACAUCAUGCACAACAACAGCAUCAGUGUAGUGGAGGAGCAGGUGGUGGAGCUCAACCCUAUAGAGACUACUGAGAUGUCCCGCAAACCACACACUGCUGCUGCUGGCUACUCUGUACCCACGUUACCGAACGGUAUAGGGCGCUACCCGUCGUUUGGUGAGGCCUCGUCGCGCCCUUCUAGCCGACACCCGUCGGUAGGCAGCGCCAGGCUUCCCUCAGUGGGAGAGGAGUCAUCACACCCCCUCCUGGUCUCAGACCAGUCGGUCCACACCUACGUAAACACUCCUGGGAUACAGGAUGACCGGCGCACUCGCCCCAGCAGCCACACCCCCUUGGAACUGCGGCUGUCCAAUCCGGAGACGACCUCUUCGCUAGCCACCGCCCCUCCGUCUCCCACGGAGACAGACAUGGAUACGGAGCCUCAGGUGCUGCUGGAGCCAGAAGGGGCUAAAUUCAUCCUGGGUCCCACCCCAGCUCAGAGGAGGCAGAAGCAGACCCCUGGGGACGAGGACAGGGAGGUUGGGUCCAGACGUUCUGGGGAUGAGGACAGGGAGGCUGAGUCCAGACGUUCUGGGGAUGAGGACAGGGAGGCUGGGUCCAGACGUUCUGGGGAUGAGGACAGGGAGGCUGAGUCCAGCCGUUCUGGGGAUGAGGACAGGGAGGCUGGGUCCAGACGUUCUGGGGAUGAGGACAGGGAGGCUGAGCCCAGACGUUCUGGGGAUGAGGACAGGGAGGCUGGGUCCAGACGUUCUGGGGAUGGAGAGAUGGAGCUUGGGGUGUCUGUCUCUAACGAUGAGCCCAGCUUGACAGCUCCCUCUGGGGGUCUGAAUGGGAAUGGGAACAGCUGUGUGGUGGGCGCCACCCUGGGUCUCCAGGCAGGAGACUGUGAUACGGGCUAUGACAGUGAUGAACGCAAAGACGGGCCCCCUCCACCUCUUCCUCCUAACCCAAACCCUCCACCUCUCCCAGGGCCCAAACCCAGCACCAUCUCCACCUAUGAGCACCACAACGGCAACUCCACCCAUCCUUAUGUCUCCACCCCUGUUCCAGCCCCCAACCCCCGGCGUAACCGCCCCGCCAUCCCCCUCCCUGACUCCUCCCACAAUGCCAACAACUCCGCCCAGCGGCGGACGGCGCUCCUUAACUACGAGAACCUCCCGGCGCUGCCGCCGGUGUGGGAGACCGCCAGGCGCUUCUCCGAGGGAGACGAGGAGGACGAAGAGGAGGUGUAUCACGGAUAUGGACCAAAGACUCCCUCUCUUAACGGCUACCACAACCACCACCACCAUCCUCACCACCAUCACCAUCACCUUCAUCACCACGGUCUGGGUCUGGACCCCAUGCACAACUACGUCAACACAGAGAAUGUAAACGUCUCGCUCAGCGCCAAACUGGACUCUGCGCGGAUCCUUCCGCGGGGGCGGGACUCUAGCGGAGUCUGUUUGACCCCCACCGUCUUUAACUUUGACUUCCGGUCGGGGCGAUUGGCGGGUGGACCGUGUGGGUUGGGGUUGGAUCCCCUGAGGCAGCUGAACUACAUUGAGUUGGAGAUGGAGAAGGGUUCGGACUCCAGCGGGCCGCAGACACCCAAGACCCCCACCACUCCCUGUGGCGUCGGCCUGGGCAGUCUCCUCCUCCCCCCCUCCACCCCCACGCGGAGGACCGAACUGUACGCCAUGAUCGACAUCGAGCGCACGGCGGCCAUGUCGAGUCUUCAGAAAGCAAUGCCCCGUGACGACGGUACCUCUAGGAAAACCAGACACAACAGUACUGACCUUCCUAUGUGAACUUCACCACGCCCGACCAUACCUAGCCUACCAAGCACUGAUCUCAAAUGGAGCCCUAUUCCCUAUAUAGUACACUACUUUAGACCAGAGCCCUAUUCCCUAUAUAGUGCACUACUUUAGACCAGAACCCUAUUCCCUAUAUAGUGCACUACUUUAGACCAGGACUAUUCAUAAAGUGCCUGAGAGUAGGAGUGCUGAUCUAAGAUCAGUUUGACCUUUUUAGACAAUAAGGAAUCAGAUUACCUGGACAGGAGGGGACGGGUGGAUCUGAUCCUAGAUCAGCCCUUCUACUCUGAGAACCCAGGGCCCAGAGGGUUCUGGUCAAAAUGAGCUCAUAAUGACCCAGGGCCCUGAGGGUUCUGGUCAAAAUGAGUGCACUACAUAGGGAAUAGUGUUCCAUUUGGGACAGAACCACUGUCGUGUUCUUCAGUUGCCCCUUGACCUGACCCUUGUUGUUGUUGUCAUACUGUGUUUUACCUCCAAACUGAAGAAAAAAAAUCACAACAUUUGAAGACAGAAGGGCUGCAGAUUUGUUGCAAUAACAUUUUUUAAAAUGAUUUUAAAAUGUCUUAUUACUUCACAAGGAGUUUCACUGUGUCCUGAAAGUAACCUGGUCCCAGACCUGUUUGUGCCAGUCUGUGUCAUGACAAGGAGUUUCACUGUGUCCUGAAAGUAACCUGGUCCCAGACCUGUUUGUGCCAGUCUGUGUCAUGACAAGGAGGGGUAUGAUGGCACAAGCAGACUGGUACCCAGGCUAUACUGAAAGGGGACUGAUGGUACCAGGUACACACCAAUAUAACACUAUUUUAUUCCUGAGGUCAUUUGAUACCUAAUUAAAGAAGGGAGUGAAACACCUUGACUUCUAGCCUGGUCCCAGAUCAGUCUGUGCUCUUGUCUACUCCUUCGCUGUCAUUGUCAAGCCAAACAAAUGAGUGACAGGGCGUUGGCAUGACGGCACAAACAGACUGGUACCCAGGCUACCUGUUAUUCCGAGUGCCUGUGUAAGUUUAGCUUGCAGGUGAUGUGCCAAACAGCGAGGUCUCUUUGAAUGACGGACCUCCUCACCAAUCUCUCUCUCGGUACCAAUCUUUUAUAGUGCUGAUCAUAAACUGAAAUGGUUUUAAAGUCAACACUCGUGUCGCUAUUUGAAGCUGACUUCCUUGUUGCCCUAAUGGCUGUGGCCUCCAAUGGUGUGUUAUGUUAGUGGGCCUACCAGGGUUGGGCUCAAUUCCAUUUCAAUCCCAGUCGAUUCAGGAAGUACACUGAAAUUCCAAUUCUCUUCGAUGCUUUUCAACGAGGAACAUGUGGAAUUGGAACUUGGUUUACUUUCUGAAUUGACGGAAUGGAAUUGACCCCAAGCCUGGAGUCUUCGGCCAUGUCUCGGGGUCAACGUCUUGGUACACCACAGUCACUUUAGCCACUACUAGUGUACAGACAGAUGGUGUGUAUGUAUAAAUGCCAAAUGAGGAUGUUCCACAAUGCAGCUGUACUAAUGGGUUUGUUCAUGCUGGCUGUACUGAAAGUACCCAAAUCCUACCGUUGGUGUUCCUGUGUGACAUCAUCAUGUUCCAGGUUCCUUCCAGCAGGUUUGGGGUCCAAUUUAUUUGACUAUUCAGUCAAUUCAGAGUCGAUUUGAAAUGUCAGUUUUGUUUCCUGGAUGGACAGAACUGAAAGGGAAUUGACCCCCGACCCUGCAAACAAUAGUCCAUUUGUACAGGGGCCCCCUGGUGGUUGUUGUAGAAUGUCUUAGUUCAGUCUGAAUUUUCCUUCCGAACGUCGUUGUGAACAAGGAAACAGAAAGGGACAGUGUUUCCUACACAAUGCUGUCUGACAGCCAUGUUUCAUAGGAGGAGUUUGGGUUCCAGAGUGUCGUCUUCUGUUACCUGUUCUCUCAUUGUAUCAUAUUGUACAAAUCAUUAUUUUUGGGUUCUAACUUGCAUUAUAUUUUUUUCUACCUACAUUUUAAAAGAGUUUGUAAACUAUAGGAAUUGUACAAAAAGUAGUUUAAUAGAUGUUGUUUAUUAAAGAAAGGAACUGUUAGUGGAAAAAAUGGAUUAUUUGCCAAACUCCUUUUUUCAAUUCUAGAAUAUGAUGAUUUUCACGGAGUUCUAGAAUGGGUUCCGUUGGUUCCAUUUAAGAUGUAAACAUUCCUUAUUUCCGCUGUUUUGGGUCUCAGAACACCAGACACUAUAAAGAACUACGCAGUGAAUGAAACAAUUCAUUACUCACUGGGCACAGACGGCAGUUCAACGUCUAUUCCACGUUGGUUGACCGUCAUUUUGUUGAUUGAACCAGUGAACAGCCCAUUGGGUCUCCUGUUGAAAAACAUGACUUCAUAUUGUAUGGACUUUACAUUGGUGGGAGGGAGGAGAUUUUGAUAUUUGCAUUUUUCUGUUCUGGAAAUGUGUUUACCAGAAUGUUAGUAUUUUUUGACCGGAUGAAAAACCAUAGUGUGUAUUUAGAUGUCUACAACAAUGUUCAUACAAUAUUCCAUCACUGCCAACAACCCCCUGUGUUUUGUAGCAUGGUGAAAUAAUAAUAAAACAAAUGGAACUAA